CCUCCCGCCUUUAAAACGCUAUGGCUGGACUGGGCCGCGCAUCGAUCACUCGGCGCUCCGCUAGGCACUCUGUUGAUCAGACGAGCUCUGAGUGACCGAUCAUCCCCGCGCAAACCUGGCUACCAGGAAACGGGGAGAGCCGUAGUGUUGGGACCGACAGGAACAAGUCGUCGCCACCCGCGAGCGACUUGACACCGUCCAGUCGAGACAGGCACUUACCAGACUGAGCUGGCAGUGGGCCUGAUGGCAGAAGACAUCAACCGAGACCCGCUGGCGGGGAGAGGCACUGUCUGGGAGGCCCUCUGGGCGCUCCUGCCCCCCAGUAAAGAUGACCUGACACUGGGGCUCAGUGAGAGAGUGGAGAGGAGCAUGGUGAUGCUCCUGCAGCGAGCCUCCGACCUCUUGUACAGGGGCAGAGGGCAUGAGUGUCUGCAGACCAGCGAGGUAAUCCUCGACUACUCCUGGGAGAAACUCAACACAGGGGCGUGGCAGGAUGUGGACAAAGACUGGCGUCAGGUUUAUGCCUUUGGUUGCCUUCUGAAAGCCGUGUGUCUGUGUGAGGCCUCCAGCGACAGGACUACUGUGGCCGCAGCCCUGAAAGUCUGCGACAUGGGCCUGCUGAUGGGGGCCGCCAUCCUUGGGGACAUCCUCAUUAAAGUCGCUGCCGUCCUCCAGAGGCACCUUCUUUCUGGAAAAAGGCCUGCCCAAGGCCCAACCCAGGAGCAGCCCAACAUAAAGAAAGCAAGGAAUGACCAUGUUUCGAUUCCAGAUGUGAAGUCAGAAGGAACAGUCCCCCGGCUCUACUGUCCAUCCCUCCAGUAUUUCAGGAAGCAUUUUUUGGUUCCCCAGAGGCCUGUGAUCUUGGAAGGCGUAGCUGACCAUUGGCCCUGCAUGAAGAAGUGGAGUUUGGAGUAUAUCCAAGAAAUUGCUGGCUGCCGAACUGUCCCAGUGGAAGUGGGCUCCAGGUACACUGACGAGGAAUGGUCCCAGACCCUCAUGACCGUCAGUGAGUUCAUCAGCAGAUACAUCGUGAAUGAGCCAAGGGACAUUGGAUACCUUGCUCAGCACCAGCUCUUUGACCAGAUCCCAGAGCUGAAACAGGACAUCAGCAUCCCCGAUUACUGCUGCCUGGGUGUUGGGGAAGAAGACGAGAUCACUAUUAAUGCCUGGUUUGGUCCCCAGGGAACCGUCUCCCCCCUUCAUCAGGAUCCCCAGCAAAACUUCCUCACCCAGGUGAUCGGGAGGAAAUACAUCCGGCUGUAUUCCCCACAGGAGUCAGAGGCUUUAUAUCCUCAUGAUACACACCUUCUUCAUAACACAAGCCAGGUUGAUGUGGAGAAUCCUGACUUGGAGAAGUUCCCCAGGUUUGCCAAGGCUCCGUUCCUGUCCUGCAUCCUGUGUCCUGGAGAGAUCCUGUUUAUCCCCGUUAAAUACUGGCAUUAUGUGCAGGCUCUAGACUUGAGCUUCUCUGUCAGCUUCUGGUGGUCAUAGGCAGGAUUAGAGGAAGGAAGGGCCUGAAAUGCCAAUAACACUUGUGGAUUCCCUCGGCACUGCCCUGUGCCAGCCGGGUACUGGGGCCUGCAAUUGGAAAUCAGCUAACCCGAGCCUGUGCCCUCAAGAAGCCUUUGCUGGGGGCUGAUCUGGGGCACUGGGCAGACACAGGGUGAAAAGUAACCAGGCAGGGGCCUGCACCAGGCCAGGUGUACACAGCAGAAGCCAGCCAGCAAGACCCCAGAAGGACCUUCCAGGCUGACUGCCCACAUGGGGACUCAUGGGUGGGCUUCAUGAAGCCCAGAGUAUUUAGGAAAUGGGCAAGCAGUUUGCAGUGUUAGAGCGUGAACGCUGAGGUUGGCUUCAACCUGAGGUUGGGCCUGGAUUCAAACACAGCCCUACGUGACGGUGUCUGCCAUCGAAGUCGAACAGUCUGAAAGGGAGGUGUGGAGCUGAAUAAAUGUACGACUCACUCUGAGAGGACACCCAGUCACGCCGGAGCGUAACAUAUUGCCUUUAUUCUCCUCUUUUUAUACACACUCAGGAAGGGCAGGUUAACCAGGGAUCAAGAAACAUGUGCUUGAGUAUUGACAUACUUU